UCACAUGGGCGGACAUGUUGUUGAUGAACUGGAAUAAACAUUCGCUCUUGCGAAAAUACUAGCAAUUAUUACGCCAGCGUAAAUGACUCGUUAAUACUUUGCCAUUUGCGAGAUAUUUAGGAUGUGAAAUGUUAUUGUUGCCUGAUGAAGACAUUUCGGUGUGUUUCAUGAAGGAGAAGCCGUGCAGCUGACGGGAAAUAACAGACCUACUCGUUCAGAAGGUUUAUGGUGUGUCUGGGUACUGUUCCUUUGCCAGUGAGACCAACAAGACGACGUCAUGUGUGACUUGUUUGUUCCUGAUUGCCCGAUCGACAACAACACAAAAGGAAUCUCGGAUGGGUUGGUUGAGCAGCUUAGACCCAUACAUCCUCAGACUGUGAGAGGCACAGCUGGCUGUGAGACAUGGACCGUGGAUUUUUCACCCGGAGGAUCCCUUUUCGCUUGGUCUAUGGGCUAUGGGGUCGUAAAGGUUCUUGCAUGGCCUCUGCCAAACGAAGAAGGAAGAGACAAUGAUCUGGAUGCUCAGCUAACCAAGAAAGCCUCAGAGAGGACUUUGAAUUGUGGUCAGACUGUUUGGGGUUUAGCCUUUGGACCACGUCCAAGAAAGCGACCUGGAGCGAUCAGCCACAUCACUGAUGGAAGACCUCUUACUGAGGAUGUCAAAAUGUUGAUUCUUGCCACUGGUCUUAAUAACGGAAUUAUCAAGAUCUGGCGCAUAUCAACUGGUGAGGCACUUUAUGAUCUGAAAGGACACCAGUCUGUUGUCAGGGAAUUGGUCUUCCCUCCCAAUGGAACAUUAACUCUUGUGUCUGGCUCUCGUGACAAAACACUGAGAAUAUGGGAUUUAACUAGCACAGGAAGAACUUGCCAUGUGUUGUCAGGCCACAGAGGAUGGGUGCUUUGUUGCAGAGUGUCUCCUGACAGUAGCAUGAUUGCGUCAGUCUGCAGCUCAGACAAUAGAGUGAGUUUAUGGAGUCUUCGCUCCUAUACUUUCAUGAAGCACUUGGCUUUCAACAAACGGAGCGCCAUAUCGUCCUGCGACUUCUCCCCAGACGGAGCUGUGCUAGCCGUCGGCUCAUACAGCUCUCACAACUCUGCUGGCUGGAGGGUGGAUCUCUGGGACCCGUACACUGCCGAGCUUCUGGUGAUGCUUGAGGACUGUUGCAGCUGUGAACCCUUUAUAAAUUCCAAAACAAUCAAGACACUGUGCUUUUCCCCUGACGGCCUUUACUUAGCUCUGGUUGUAGACCACAGCAGGGCUUUAAGACUCUGGGAACUGGGUCAGAAGACUUUUGUGAUGGAGACUGACUUGACCACAUUCCACAAUGAACUGUGCUGCACUUUUCAUCCACAAGGGGGCAUCAUUGCCACAGGAACAAGAGAUGGGCAUGCCAAAUUCUGGAAGGCAAGGCCAAUCGUCCCCAGCCUUACCCACUUGUGCCGAGCUGCCCUACGGUUCUCUGUGUCAACCCAUCAGAUUAAUGCCCUUCCAAUUCCCCACAAGCUUCUGGAGUUUCUCACCUACAGAGACCUUCCCAAGACCCAGGAAACCUACUGCAGGGCCCACUGUAGAUGACGUCGAUGCCACUGAUUAUAUUGACAACAGCUACACUCCUGAAUUACAAAAGUCUCUAUUUAUUUCCAAAUUGUAGAUAUAUUUAUUCUUUACAUGUGUUUAAUUCUGUUCAUAUAUGGCUUAUGGUGUAAUUGUUUUUAGAAGUUCUGCUUUGUGUGUUUAAGUGCAUGUAUGGAAGAGUGAUGUUUUAAAAACAAAAACAGAGUUCUUAAGUUUACAGCCAAUAACCCUACUAUGGACAGCAGUAUCAGUUGAGUCAGUUUAUGAGGCCCCACUGACUACCAUGUCUCUCACUGCUUGAAAAGCGCCAACCAUUGAGCUCAGCUGAAUCUUCUCGCUAGUUCCAGAAGCCAGCCGAUACCUUUAAAAGAAAAUCGCAUUAAAAGUUUGAUAUUUGACAAA